UGACAGCACAUAUUUACACAUCCAGAUGCUCCGUGCACUCUGUCUUGUCAUCCUUGCCUGUGAGCCUUCAAACGAGGUCUGAAGUGCAAUCCCACAUCCAUCACUAUCUAGAAAAUGUCUUAUGGAUCCAUUGAUGGGAGUGGGUUUGGGAGCAGGAACCCAUUUGGAGGCCCUUCGAGACAAGGCUAUCAACCUCUCGCCACCCAGAUUGAUCCCAGCGAACUGCAGGAGCUUUUUCAGGAGACUUCAGCCAACGUGUUCCGAAUUAACUCCAAUGUGACCUCUCUGGAAAGAAGUCUUCGAUCUCUGGGGACCUCAAACGAUACUCAAGAGCUGCAGGAUGGACUGCAAACAGCCUUGAGUGCUCUACAGGAAUCUCUGUUUCUCCUGAGAGCUGCACCAGCAGAAAGCAGCACCCCAUGAAUCACAGAGCUGGCAGUGCUGAUAUAUCUCUUUUCAGGGGGGUCAGCUCUUCAGGUGAGACCUUUGGGGCAGCGUUUUCUGCUUCCCCAGCCGCAAAUCAUGGCUUAAUCUUCCUCCUUUGCCACUUGACCCCUUUCCUUCAGAGGUUGAUGCAUGUUUCUCCUUGAACACCCUCUAACUUGGGAGAUGGGAGCAGGGAGUGAACAUUUGGUAGGUUUAUAGCCUUGGCUAUUAGGGAAACGAUGAUGUUUGUGGGUAUCUGAAGAGUAAAAUUGCCACGCUUUUGUACUUUCUUAUUAAGUGACUCUUACUCUGCCUAAAAUGAGGCUGUUUUGCAGAUGAGGGGAGGCAGAGUAUUUGGGAAUAGGGAUUAAUGAUGAUCCUGCCACACAGGGCAUUCAGCUGCUAUGGUUUCUAUUCUUGCUUACCUGGCUGCAGGGUCCUGCUAAAACACAAUAAAACCAAAGUUACCUGAUUUCCUUUUCAAAUUCACCCAGACUUUCUGCCUCUUAAGCACAGGGCUCACGGAGGCAUCAGAUGAAGGCAGA